UUCCCAAUUCCCGUGUUCCGUUCGUUCGGCUUGUAUAUCAAUAAUACAGCAAUCUGUCGGUACCGCGUACGUUUCUAAUUACCCUCAAUUACAUAGUUUGUUCUACGAAGUGAUGCGAAGCGGACUCAGGAAACGCGUUUCAACGAGAGAAUGAUAAAGCGCGUUAGAAUAACGUGUCGACGUAUGUGAAAGUUUGCUUUUCUUCCAACUUUCUAGGGCUUGGUCAAUGUUAUUCGGUUACUUUGUCCCAGUGUUUUGCUAUCUUAUAAACUGAUUUGCAUCUUCCACUAUUGUCUCAACAUUCUCUUAUCUGGCUAUAUGUAAACAAAUAAUGGCAACAGACGCCGAGGAGUCGGACACCGAUGAACGGCCCACUAAACGACUGCGUGUUGGCGAUAAAGAUCGUGUACAAAUGGAUCAACAAGAGAUAGAAACUGAAGAGAUUGUUGCAGGGAAUGCAAGUAGAGAAGAAAAUUACGAGGACGAGGAAAGCAAUGAGAUUGAAACACGAGCCAGAGAACGUCUCAAGAAAUGGCAGGCAAGGCAAGUGGCCAAAGGUUUUGUAGACAACACGAUAAACCGUGUUCUAGAAAACUAUGUAAUGUCUCCACCAUUCAACGAUAUAUAUCCUCGCCUUAUUACACGCACCAACGAUAUGGAAGACCGAGCAGUCGCGAUGGCCAUUCAAAAUCACGGGUUGGUACAACUGACCGCAAAUUAUGUACCAAGUGCAGAUCCUCCCGCCCGUCGCAAUAAUCCGGUAAACGAAUAUUGGGUUCGGGAAGACAGCGUAAUUGAACAAGAUCGAUGCAUGUGUCCUUUGAGCAUUGGGCAAAACAAAGCAGAUACCUUGGCUGGAUCUGCUGCUUCCUCCGAUGAAACAUACGGAAGUUUGAAGCAGGAUGAGGAAAAUGCUUGCUGGGUCGGAGACAAAGGGGAUGAGAAUAAUCAGCAGCAGGAUUUUCUUGAACGAGCAGUUGCUGAAGCAAUAAAGAAGAAAGGACUCAGCGCACUCAGCGUAGACUAUGGUUGACAACAAUUUGAAUUUACAAUUAUCAUUUUGCUGCUACUGUACUCAGUCAUCUCUAUUUUACAUCUAUAUCGGCAAACGGCUGGGUACGUACGGUACUUUACAUUAGCUACGUGCAAUCACUGACUACCUUUUCGUAACUUUUAGAUUUUAAUUGAAGACAACAUUUGUAUUAAUAGUUGCUGAUACAUGUUCUGUAAUCAUAUCAUUCAUAUCAAUCAAUCCUAUCAUGUUGUUCCCAGUAUAGGUGUCUUAGCUUUUGUCCCCACUUUGUUAAUAAUAAUUAUUUAAGCAAUUUUUAGCUAGCAAAUUGGAAUUGAUUUGUUUUCUGGCGACACUAAUUCACUAUCAAAUUAUUUAAGCAUCUCUAAUAGAUAUUUUCCAUCAACGAUACGACUCUGACUCGUAAAACAAAAGUUUUAUAGCAAUACAAUAUAAAUUUUAUAAUUUAUAAUUCAGAUCACCAUUAGGUUUUAUUUUUUAUAUCUGAUAUGAACGAUACGGUAUUCGAUACAUAAGUUUUGAUGUUAAACUUGCGUAUCAUUGUACGCAAACACAUAAUACUGGGUAUAAUGUAUCCAUUCCAAUAGCCUAGACUUAGAAAUUGCGUUACCUGUAUUAAUCUAUGUGAGAAAUAAUUCCUUUCUUAACAGCAGGGAAUACGAAUGAAAGGCAAUAACAUUGUUCUCUCACAUUUAUAUAAAAUAAAUAACUGAUCCUGUCUUUGUUAUUGCCUUAGAAUCUAUUUAGUUUGGAACGUUGCAAUCCGUUAUAAAUACAAUGUAAUCAAUUUUUAAUCAUAUGAGUAAAGUUACUCAUCGCAUAAUGUUGAAUUAUGCAUAUAUUUUUAAUUGAAAAUUUUUUUUUUUUUGUCAAUUUGUUAGUGAUAUUCCAUCAUUGUCUAUUAAAUGUAUUUUUGACACAUGAAUCAAUCACCGAUAUUACUUCGCAUUUAGAAGGCUGGUUCAAAAGUUCAUAUAAAAAUACCAUGAGAAUUAAUGGGUAAUUUAAAUAUAUAUAUAAUAUAUAUCUCUUUUAAAUCAUGCCGCAGGAUGCAGCAACAAAUCAUGGAGAAUCUUAACAGUUCCUAAGCUGUAAUUAAUUGAAUAUUAUACGAUAAUAAUACCGAGUUAAGUUAUAUCAAGUAUUUUAAUUUUUAAUUUAGAAAAACCUAAUAGACUUAUAGAGAUUAUUAUAUUGACAGUAAAUUUUAUAACAAAAUAAAAUAUAAUUCCUUUAUGUAUAUACUAUAAGAAGCUUCUCGUUGGCCUUGCAAUUGUAUCCUUAUCCGUUAUUUUAAAUCAAUAAUUUUCUUUAUAACUUGUUUACCACAUAUGCUUUUAAAAAAUUAGAAACUGAGAUGCAUGAAGCUAUCUAGAAUCAUGCGAUACUGUCAAUCAAUUCAACUGUUAAUCAUGGAGAGUCAUUUUUUGUAAAGAGCACUCUCUCCAAUGAUUUCUGGUUGAAGUCUUUUGCUUUCUUUUAUUGAGAAACACGAAAUUACUCUAACUUUUAAUGGAAUGACCAUCUCGUAGCACUCAGAUUUUGUCUCAAUUGACACCUUUCAGUAAAAAAAAUUUUAGUAGUUUGGCCUUGCACGGGACACAACAUUCAUGUUAUAGCGUCCGAACAAGGUGAGGUAGAACAAUAAGCUACCGAAUAUUGAAAGUUAUUUGAUAAUUGAGAUCUGAUUUUAAAUAAACAUGUUCUAAACGAAA